GGCUAGGGUUUGGGUUUCUGCCAUGUAUAUAAUCUGCGGAUGAAUAUUCAGGCCGUGUCCAUCGCAGUCGCUGCUCCGUCCUCAUCGUCUUCCCUUUCCGAGUGUUGCGAGGCUGUGAGAAGUAGUUGUUCAAGAUGCAGAACGAGGAGGGUCAGAAUAUGGAUCUCUACAUCCCUCGCAAAUGGUAACCGUGUGCAUUGGUUCUCAUUUUGCUGUAGUGUUGAAUUGCUUGAUCAUGUCGAAUUUGGUUGCUCAAUUAUUAUAUGUUUUUCCCUGUUGCAGUUCCGCCACAAACAGACUGAUCACCUCGAAGGAUCAUGCCUCUGUGCAGAUCAACAUCGGCCACAUAGGUCCAGAUGGUAUUUACACCAACCAGUUCACCACUUUUGCUCUCUGUGGUUUCAUCCGAGCUCAGGGUGAUGCCGACAGUGCUGUCGACAGGCUUUGGCAGAAGAAGAGGGUGGAAAUUCGCCAGUGAAUUUGCUUGCGAUCGCCAAGUCAGUUGUAGGCAAUCUCUCUACAUUUUGUUUCUUUGGACAAUUCAAGUUGUGGAGGUAUAGACAGGGCUUUAUGUGGCUCCCAUUUUCCGAUCAAGUAUUUCGCAGUUAAGCCAUUUCACUGUUAGUACCAACUGUGCUCCUGUUGAUGAGUUAAAGAAUUUUGGUUGCUGCCAUUUGAGAAACUAUUCUUUUCUCGCU